UACGUCACGGAGAAACGCACAGGCAGUCCUUGGUCCUCAGUUCAGUGAAGUGUCAACCGAGCCGGUUUCCUCUCUUGUAUAUUACCGGUUAAAAAAAAAAAACUUCACCGGUGACACAAAAGUCUAGCGGGGACCGAAAUGGAUGAUUCAUCGGAGCAAACGCGGCCUUUUUUGAGAACGGGUCUAGACGAGGAGGCGAUAGUGGACCAUGGAAAGACCAGCUUCUCCACUCACACAAACUAUGAAAAGGACGAGUUAGAAAGCCACAGAGCGGUGUACGUAGGUGUUCAUGUUCCUCUUGGAAGGGAAAACAAGCGAAGGCAUCGUCACCGAGGACACAAACACCACAGAAAACGAAGGGAUAAAGAUUCGGAUGACGGAAAGGAAAAUGACAGAGAAUCUCCCACUUAUGACACUCCAUCCCAGCGGGUCCAGUUCAUUCUGGGCAUGGAGGACGACGACUUGGAGCAUGUCCCCCAUGACCUCUUCACUGAGUUGGAUGAGCUCUCCUUCAGAGAUGGCCGAGCCACUGAAUGGAGGGAAACUGCCAGGUGGCUUAAGUUUGAAGAGGAUGUGGAGGACGGAGGGGAAAGAUGGAGCAAGCCCUACGUGGCUACGCUGUCACUGCACAGUUUAUUUGAAUUGCGUAGCUGCAUCCUCAACGGCACAGUCAUGCUGGAUAUGAGGGCCAACAGUAUUGAGGAAAUCGCUGACAUGGUCAUCGACAGCAUGGUGGCGUCAGGCCAGCUCAAGGAGGACCUCCGCGCGAAGGUGCGGGAAGCCAUGUUGAAGAAACACCACCACCAGAACGAGAGGAAGCUCAGCAACCGCAUCCCUCUGGUGCGCUCCAUCGCCGACAUAGGCAAGAAACACUCUGACCCGCUCUUGCUUGAAAGAAACGGAGAGGGCCUGUCCUCUUCGCGUCUCUCCCUCCACAAGCCAGGAGCAUCCUCUUCUGCUUCCAACCCGCCUCAGAGACAAGAGUCCCGAGUUUCCAACCUACUCAACCAGCUCCUGCCCUCCUCCGCCUCCUCCUCCUCCAACACCGCUCGUUCCCCGGCUCCCUCGCCGCAAAGUACCCCCGCGUCGUUCAGACGCGCAUCCCCCGAGUCCCCGCGCCGCAGCCGUGGAUCGGCGGGCUUCGGCCCUCAUAGCAUCCCGGAGGUGGUGGUAUCCCCGCCCAAUGACGAGGAAUUGACAGCAAAUUCCGCAGAGGAGGCGGCGGCGGUAUCGCCGCAGCUCAGCCGGCAAUCGUCCUGUGCAUCCCAGGGGCCCGAGCGGCUGCCAUUAGAAGGACCACUGGUGCAUCCGAACUCGGUCCCAAACUACCUGGACGGCGAUAAAGGAGUGGAGAGGCGGCCUUCCAAAGUAGGGGUCAGUAGAGAAAGCAGCAGUGUGGACUUCAGCAAGGUGGACAUGAAUUUCAUGAAAAAGAUUCCCCCGGGUGCCGAAGCGUCCAACGUUCUGGUGGGAGAGGUGGAUUUCUUAGAGAAACCCAUAAUUGCUUUUGUACGCCUGUCCCCUGCUGUUCUCAUCACUGGUCUUACUGAGGUUCCGGUGCCCACAAGGUUUCUGUUCCUGCUUUUGGGUCCUCAUGGAAAGGGUCCUCAGUACCAUGAGAUUGGCAGAUCCAUGGCCACUCUGAUGACAGAUGAGAUUUUCCACGACGUGGCGUACAAGGCCAAAGACCGAACUGACCUUCUCUCUGGAAUCGAUGAGUUCCUUGAUCAGGUGACGGUCCUCCCGCCCGGAGAGUGGGACCCCACCAUCCGGAUUGAGCCCCCCAAAAAUGUUCCAUCCCAGCUGAAAAGGAAACGGCCAUCCCAUCCUAAUGGCUCCCCGUCUCCAGCAGGGGAACUCGAAAAGGAAGACGACCACAAUGCGGGACCAGAACUUCAGAGAACUGGAAGGAUAUUCGGCGGUCUGAUACUGGAUAUCAAACGCAAGGCCCCGUUUUACUGGAGCGACGUCAGAGACUCCUUUAGCCUCCAGUGUCUGGCGUCCAUCCUCUUCCUGUAUUGUGCCUGUAUGUCUCCUGUCAUUACAUUCGGUGGGCUGCUUGGGGAGGCAACCAAAGGCAAUAUAAGCGCCAUUGAAUCUCUGUUUGGGGCGUCCCUAACCGGGGUGGCGUACUCCCUCUUUGCCGGCCAGCCCCUUACCAUUCUUGGCAGCACGGGGCCCGUGUUAGUCUUUGAGAAGAUCCUCUUUAAGUUCUGCACCGACUAUGGUCUCUCCUACCUGUCGUUACGAACUAGCAUUGGUUUGUGGACAGCCUUCCUAUGUAUUGUCCUGGUCGCCACAGAUGCAAGCUCCCUGGUGUGCUACAUCACUCGCUUCACCGAGGAAGCAUUCGCGGCGCUUAUCUGCAUCAUUUUCAUCUAUGAGGCUCUGGAGAAGCUUUUCCACCUCGGAGAACAUUACCCCGUCAACAGUCACAACAGCCUGGACAACCUCACGUCGUAUCUGUGUCAGUGCGCUCAGCCGGUUAAUGCCUCAUCUCAGCUCUUGCAGACGUGGAACCAGACGGGGUACAGCCCUGAUUCCAUCCCUUGGAGCAGCCUCAAUGUCUCGAUGUGUAAAAUGCUGCAUGGGGAUUUUGUGGGCAUAGCCUGCAGUGACCACGGGCCCUACAUCCCGGAUGUCCUCUUCUGGUCCAUCAUCCUCUUCUUCACCACCUUCUUCUUGUCCUCUUUUCUCAAGCAGUUCAAAACGGAGAGAUAUUUCCCCACCAAGGUGCGUUCCACCAUCAGUGACUUUGCUGUCUUCAUAACCAUCAUGAUCAUGGUGUUGGUGGACUACCUAAUGGGGAUCCCGUCCCCUAAGCUGAACGUCCCCGAUCGAUUUGAGCCUACUUCUAAGAACAGAGGUUGGCUGAUGGACCCCUUGGGAGGAAACCCCUGGUGGACAAUGUUGAUUGCAGCACUUCCUGCCCUGCUGUGCACCAUCCUCAUCUUUAUGGAUCAACAAAUCACUGCCGUCAUUAUCAACCGCAAAGAGCACAAGCUGAAGAAAGGCUGUGGCUAUCACCUGGACUUGCUGAUCGUAGCAAUCAUGCUGGGCGUGUGUUCUAUUAUGGGCCUGCCGUGGUUCGUGGCCGCUACCGUCCUCUCCAUUUCACACGUCAACAGCCUGAAGGUGGAAUCCGGGUGCUCCGCUCCCGGGGAGCAGCCCAAGUUUCUCGGUAUCCGGGAACAACGGGUCACUGGCUUCAUGAUCUUUGUCCUUAUGGGUUGUUCCGUUUUCAUGACAUCGGCGCUCAAGUUCAUUCCGAUGCCGGUGCUGUAUGGGGUCUUCCUCUACAUGGGCGUCUCCUCUCUCAAAGGCAUCCAGUUCUUUGACAGAAUCAAACUGUUUGGCAUGCCUGCCAAGCACCAGCCCGAUCUUAUUUACCUGCGCUACGUCCCUCUGUGGAAAGUCCAUAUCUUCACCCUGGUUCAGCUCACCUGUCUGGUGCUUCUCUGGGUCAUCAAGGCCUCCGCUGCAGCGGUCGUCUUCCCCAUGAUGGUUCUAGCGCUGGUCUUCAUCCGAAAGCUUCUGGAUUUCUUUUUCACGAAAAGAGAGUUAAGCUGGCUGGAUGAUUUGAUGCCAGAGAGCAAGAAGAAAAAAGAAGAUGACAAGAAAAAGAAAGCGCGUGCAAAGCUGGAAGAGGAGUCUCUUCUACAUCAACAAGAGCAGCUGGGACUACAGGUCAGCUACGAGAACUCAAAUCGGCUCAACCUCCCAGAAAAGACGCUUUCAGGGAGCCGGGAGAAGUCGGCCUGCGUUAGAGUGGACGUCAGCCCGGAUACCCCAGGAGAAAGUUCCACUGUGGAGACCUUCUUGUGAUAACAUCAUCUCCUCCCAUAGCUGAUUGGGGGGGGGUCGCCGAACGCAUCUGCUUGACCUGCCGCAGCAGGUGAGCUCCACCGGGCCUGGUUGCCAUGGCAAACUGCCAUCUUGUUACUCCUCUUACUGCCACUUGUGGUGACUUUAUUGAAAUGUUUUUUUUUUUUGUUUUUUUUUGAAUAUUUGAAUCUCCGACACCAAAGGAAUGGGCGUCACUGCCGGGGAUAUGUUUAGUGUCAUUGCAAAAAAAAAAAAAAAAUUUAAUCACCUUUUAAUCUCUGUAUUAUUAAAAAUGCAGCCCUGCACAGUAUUUGAAGGUCAUAUUAUGACCUUUAAUUUAAGUACCAGCGCCGUUCAGGAAAACAUCCAUGCCAGCUACUGAUGGAACUAAAAAUGACACCUUGUAGCGUUCUCUCUUUUAGGGAGAACAAUGCUGCUUAAAAAUUCAGAAUCGUUUUUAUAUAUUCAGUAUAUAUAAAUAUAUAUAAAAUAUAUAUAUAGGUUAAAAAUGAAUGCAUGUAUGUUUUUCUACUGUUUCAUUAAAGUAACAAUAUAUAUAUAUAUAUAUAUAUAUAAAUGACAACAGAGGCCAUAUGAAGUCUGUACUGUACAGUAAGCACUUUGCCAGCAUAGUUUCUUACCUAAAAUCAUCACUGUUAUUAUUAUUAUUAUUAUCGUUAUUAUUAUUAUUAUUAUAUUUCAAAAGUUGCUUUUUCGCCCAAUAAUAACGAAUAAGUUCUUGUUCAAAUGACAUAACUCAGGAACCUUUUCAGGAUUUCUGACUGUGGUCACGCUCUCUUAAAAGGCAGCGUUGCCGACUAGCGUGUUUUUAGCCCAUCAUAACUACAUUAAAAUAGUUAUGAUCGUGCAUAUUUUUAUGUUUUCCGCUCCUGGCCAAGCACAGUGGAAUCUUAAAGACGACACAUAAUUAAUUUCUUGACGCUGGUUGAUUUUGCCGUAGCCUUGAAUGGAAAUAUAACGUCAAUUCCGGUAUGUAAGUCGCUACUUUUUUAUUAAACUUUGAAUCAUGUGGCUUAUACUAAUUUAUGAAACGAUAAACUUUCUUUGCUAUCUUUUGCUAUCAAUGAGCUUGUCAACGCAUUGGAAGGCAAUGGACUCACUGUGUCAUCUUUCAAAAAACACUUAAAUUCGUCACACAGCCACCUAACAUCAAUAUGAGUUUAGAAUGAAAACACUUUUUAGUGAGUCAUCUUUCCAAAAAAACACUUUUAAAUUCAUCACACAGCCACCUAACAUCAAUAUGAGUUUAGAAUGAAAACACACUUUUUAGUGAGUCAUCUUUCAAAAACACUUACAUUCAUCACACAGCCACCUAACAUCAAUAUGAGUUUAGAAUGAAAACAAACUUUUUAGUGAGCAAAUCUUUCAAAAAACAAUUUAAAUUCGUCACACAGCCACCUAACAUCAAUGAGUUUAGAAUGAAAACAAACUUUUUAGUGAGUCAUCUUUCAAAAAACAAUUUAAAUUCGUCACACAGCCACCUAACAUCAAUAUGAGUUUAGAAUGAAAACAAACUUUUUAGUGAGUCAUCUUUCAAAGAACACUUUUAAAUUCAUCACACAACCACCUAACAUCAAUGAGGUUAGAAUGAAAACAAACUUUUUAGUGAGUCAUCUUUCAAAAAAACACUUUUAAAUUCGUCACACAGCCACCUAACAUCAAUAUAAGUUUAGAAUGAAAACUAACUUUUUAGUGAGUCGUCUUUUAAAAAAACAUUUUAAAUUCGUCACACAGCCACCUAACAUCAAUAUGAGUUUAGAAAGCAAACAAACUUUUUAGUGAGUCAUCUUUCAAAGAACACUUAAAUUCGUCACGCAGCCACCUAACAUCAAUAUGAAUUUAGAAUGAAAACAAACUUUUUUGUGAGUCAUCUUUCAAAAAACACUUUUCAAUUCGUCACACAGCCACCUAACAUCAAUGAGUUUAGAAUGAAAACAAACUUUUUAGUGAGUCAUCUUUCAAAGAACGCUUUUAAAUUCGUCACACAGCCACCUAACAUCAAUAUGAGUUUAGAAUGAAAACACUUUUUAGUGAGUCAUCUUUCAAAAAACACUUUUCAAUUAGUCACACAGCCACCUAACAUCAAUAUGAGUUUAGAAUGAAACUUUUCAGUGAGUCAUCUUUCAAAAACACUUUUAAAUUCAUCACACAGCCACCUAACAUCAAUAUGAGUUUAGAAUGAAAACAAACUUUUUAGUGAGUCAUCUUUCAAAGAACACUUUUAAAUUCGUCACACAGCCACCUAACAUCAAUAUGAGUUUAGAAUGAAAACAAAGUUUUUAGUGAGUCAUCUUUUAAAAAAACGUUUUAAAUUCGUCACACAGCCACCUAACAUCAAUAUGAGUUUAGAAAGCAAACAAACUUUUUAGUGAGUCAUCUUUCAAAGAACACUUUUAAAUUCGUCACACAGCCACCUAACAUCAACA